UCCUCUGGGGCGAUCUGAUUUCUCCAGGAGCGUGGUUAAGGCACGUUGAGGAGAAAUCGUCCUCGGUGGAGCAGGGACACAACCUCUCCACCAGCAGCAGUGGCUGUGUCGAGCAGGCAGCUCGGGUGCCUGGGCAUGCACAGAGCUGUUUGCUCUGGGGAGAAAAAGCGAUUAGCUUGUUCAUCUAUCCUGGGAAAACAUCAUCUGGCAAGAGAGAGCAAAGGGAAGUUUUCGGUGCAGCAGAAGGACGUUUGGGACCAGCACUGAAGAGCGAGCAAGGCCACCGGCUGCUGCCAGCUGAGCUCCAGCCCUCAGUGAGGUCCUUGUGGGGUGGCAGGAGCAGCAAGGAGGGAGCCCCGGUGCAGCAGCCACCUCCACGUGACCUUCCGUCCCUGCUGCCACUGCACCGACCUGGCAGGAGCUCCGGGGGACCGGCCAAAAGUCACCUCAGCGCGAGUGCAGCCAGGCAGCAGCGGCAGCCGCAGCCCCCAGAGCCCCAUGUCGUGGGGCACAGGGCAGCACCUGCCCCCCGGGCUUCCCAGGGCCUCGCUGCGGAAAUCAGCAUCGAUGUACACGGAAAUACAGCGGGAGCAACCAGAUGGUGGGAAUAUCCUGACUCACCCAGACUACAUAGACGGAAACCCAGACCUCAUCAAACCUAAAAAGCUCCUAAAUCCUGUAAAAGCCUCGAAGAGCCAUCAAGAGCUGCAUAGGGAGCUGCUGAUGAACCACAAAAGAGGUUUGGGCGUGGAGAGCAAGCCAGAGCUGCAGCGAGUGCUUGAGCACCGACGGCGAGACCUGCUCAUCAAACAGAAGAAGGAAGAGGAAGAGGCAAAGAAAUUGCAGUCUCCUUUUGAAAAAGAGCUAUUAAAGAGGCACCAGAGGCUGGAUCAGCUGGAGAAAGAGCAGGAGAAGCAGGAAGACCAUGCACCAGAAUUCAUUAAAGUCAAGGAAAACCUGAGAAGAACAUCAACCGUGACAGGAGACGAGAAAGCAGCGUAGCUUCUGCCAAAACCCAUCAGGAUCCUACCAAGGCCAGCGCCACCACCCUCACUGAAAUCUCUGUACAUGGUGGACAUUCCCAGCCAUGCCACCGGGGCUACUUGUGGUUAUUAACACUUGCUCCAGUAGAAGGCACAGAAAAGGUUUUCCCAGACCAGGAGGGAAUCACUGUGGAAAAAGUGCAGUAUUCACCAAAGUACUCACACAAGUGGAUGCAGAGAGAAUGGUGUAAUUUUCCCCCCAGAUUGUGGGUGCACACUAAUCACCAGCUAACUCUUGGUUAACUCUAGAGACACAAAAAAUAUUUAAGACAGGGAAGUCUGUGUAGGAACAGUUUGGAGGACUCCUGCUUCUUCCUGGAGGCAGGUUUGCCAGGCACAAGGGGACAAGAGGGCAGCUGCAGCUCUGGAGAGCCUCCUAGAAACCUGGUAACUAAAAGGGACAACCUGUGUAUUACUGAGAACAGCCCAGGUGACCCUAAUGGCUUUGCCAAGGGUCACUGGCUUUGCACCAGUGUGCCAGUCAAGCCUGGCUGAGGCUGUGUGUCUUGGCAGCACACCUGUACUAUCAGAAAAACUAACCUCUGUGUGCCCUUACCAGUACAGCACAGGCAGGUGCAGCUAUACUUCAUAAGCAUCUUUAAACUUAUCUUUCAUCUUUCAACAUCUUUCAACGUUUGAAAGUGGCUUUUUAGGCAGUUCUGUGCUCAGGCAGAAAAUACAUUGGGCUGUUCGAUCAAUACCCCAAGUGGAAGGCAAAUGCUCUGUGCAGAAAGCAAAGGCUGCGUGUUCCCAGCAUGGGUGUCCAUGGAAGCAUGCAGUGACCAGGCAGCAGAUCCCUGUGGAUGCAGCAGACAGACAAACUGCUUCUUGGCCCUGCACUACUGAGCUUCAUCCCCUCGCCCAGGAGCUGGACAUGUCCUAUCAUAGGGACCCACAAGAAAUGUCCUGUGAUGGAGAGGGGGUGAUGUGGUCAUGUCCCACCACUUCCAGGCUGUCCUGUUAACCACCCUGCACGCAGCUGGUGCCUGUAGGCACCAGGGGUUACAGGGCAUGUAGGUCCUAAUGCAAAACUACUUGUCACUGCUUCUCAUCCCCUUUUCCAGAGGUCAGAUCUGCCUCAUUGCAGUUGCCACAUUGCAAAGCUAAAACUCUUCUUGCUGCUGGUAUAGCCACGCUGAGGUGGAUGGUGCAUUUGCACCACGUAUGGACAGAGCCUGUCACAUUCAGGGGGCACCCAUGCCGUGGGAUAUCCACAUCCAGAACUAGAAGUGUGUGUUCAGGAAUAUCUCAGCUUCUUGCUUCUCACAUCAACCCUGAUAAAAAGCCUGAACAGCAUAACUCACCAACUGCCUUUGGACACUGGCUCUUGAACGGCCUCAGUGGACCUCCUCAGCUGGGCAGGUAAUACCUGGUUAAUCAACAUUUACUAUUCACAUCUUCAGUGGAUCUAUAUGUAACUUAAGGGAAACUGGGCAUUUAUACAUAUUUAUUAUAAAGUUACUAAUCCAUUCUCUAGUCUCCUGGUCCAGUGGGAUGUUUCAUUUCAGAGGGCUGUUGCUUGACCUGGCAGCUUGAGUAAAAUAUCUGAGCCACAUCACAGGUCAAGAGCAGUGAUACAGGUAUAGAGCUCCUGUGACAGACUGGACUAUAAAGGCCCUUAACUCAGCUUCAGUCCUUGAGCACCCCAUCUCAUGGCACUGCCUUUGCUGUAGUUUUUAAGGCCUUUGCUCAUAUGCUUAUUCUAAACAUGAUUUUAUUUCAGAAAUCCAGUGCAUAUUGUCACUAUGGGUCAAACAAGAUUUGAAAGGAUCUAUUAUGUUAUUUACAACUGUGAAGCUUUUUAUACAGGUUAUGAUUAAAACCAUAAGGAAGAAGCAGCAUCCAGUAUUUUUUCACGGGGAAAAGAAAGCCAAAUUUCUCCAAGGAUAAAAAGGUGUUGCUAAGGGUGCUUGUAUAUAGCUGUAACGAAUCCUGCAUGAUACUCCAUAGAUAACAUCGGUGUAAGUAACAAGCCAGAAUUACUGUGCUGAGGUUUUGUGAGGAGUUAUAGCACAGAUUAAGUAACCUUGAUCAAAGAGCUCAAAAAAAUUCAGCAAAUUAAUUUGUAAUUUUGCCACAGAUGGAAAUGCACUCCAGGAGAGGCAAUCUGUCGCUCCAUAUGCACCAAUGAAAUCAGUGUUAUCAGCUCACCCAGGCUGGGACAGGGGCAUUUAUGCAAGUCCUUGGGUGGGAGCCAUCCAGUAAGGUCAGCAAUGAAGAGGCAGAAAGGAUUUUGCUGCUCCUCCGAAGUAUUCAAAUAUUACCUGGAGGGCAAAAAUAAAUCAAGGUGUCUCCCUUUGAUGCAGUGUCCACGAAGCAAAGAGAGGGGCUGCACCCAACACGAUCCAUUGUGGCUAAGGGGUGUCUGGGUCAUUUCCAGCAGGUGUCCCGAAGGGCAAGGGAGGGCCAGGUCACACUGUCCUAAUUCAGUCGGGGCUAGUAGAGUGACAGCAAAUCCUUCCAGCAGUGGAGAGACAGCAGAAAGCCCCGACCCAGCUGCCGACCCCGACCCAGCCCCACGGGCUGUGAGCUGGGACCCGCCAGCAGGGGCAGCCAGCGCAGGCAGCAUCCUGGGGCACACAGCAGGGCACACAGAGCUUCAACCCUGACCAGAGCUCCAGGCUCCACCCCUCGGAGAUGGUACAUGGGAAAUGAUCCUUCUAUUGUUGAAGUAUUGGCUUAAACAUCACAGCAUUUUCCAGCACAGCUCUUCUCACCCCUCUGAACUGAUAACCCCCGGCUGGGCUCAGACACAGAGCCCGUACAACUUUCAUUGAUGCUCUUGUGCUUCAUGGCACAGCAGUGAGGAGGUGGCACCCUAAAAAAAAUCAGUGUAGGCAUCACCAGGAAGAUUUUGGGGUAUCUUUGUGUCUCUAUUUCUUUUGCAUUAAUUUUUUUCCUAUGCCCCUAAAGCACAUUCCUGAAUAAAACUGGUGUAUCCAGAAGACACAGAUUAUCAGAGUAUAAAUGGAAGACAAUUUUUUGCACUGUGUAUGUUGCUUAUAUGUGGUAUAUAGUCUGUAUUCUGUGUUGGUGCUUAUACAUUUAUAUAAAACUAUAUGUCAUGCACCUCUACUGAAUUAACUCACAUUUUAAUGUGGACACUUCUGAAGAAAUAAACUAAAUUAUGAUUGCAUAUUUUGCUCUUUUCCACAAGGAACUGAAAAAGCUCCAAGGAUACAAACAGACAACAGCCAAAUAAACUGAAUGAACAUAAAAACCA